CCCCUUCCUCUUCCUCCAUCUCGAUAAAUCCAAGAACACCAAAGUACUUUUCCCUCCAACUUCUCCCCCCACAUUUCAGACCGCCCUCCGGCUAUGAAAUUGAAAAAAUGGCUUCCAAGUUACAAAAAUCCCUUGAAAAUGCUCGACCAAGCCCAAAAUUUGAAUACCUGAAGGGAAAAAACCCCCGAUCUGGAUUCUGAAUUGGAAAAUUUAACGGGUGAACUUACGAUUUGAGUGCAGGUCUCUUUCUCUCUCCUAAAUUUGCUAGUUCUGUGAUGGGUUUUUCUACCGGAAUAUUUUAAAGUGAUUUUUUUGUUUGUUUGUUGCAAGUUGAAGAAGGAGAUAAUAUUUUUUAUGAAUUUCAGAGUUUUAUUUAUUUCUUCCUCUCUCAUAAUAUUGUUUGUUUUUCACCGUCCUGUGACGUGUGGAUGACUUUUCCCAGCCCUAUUACUGUCGCUUUUUAGGUCAACACGCCAACACAAACACAACUAUUGCUAUUUUUUCAGUCUGUGAUCAGAACCACUGCUAUGCCAUAACGGUGGAUACCGCCAUGACAGCCCACGAAGCCUCCUCUUCGUCCUCCUCCAAGUCCAAACUCUGGAAGUACAACGUAUUCUUGAGCUUCAGGGGUGAAGACACGCGCUAUGGCUUCACGAGCCACCUCCACGCGGCAUUAAAAGCCAGAGGGUACCAGGUCUUUAUUGAUGAGGACGAUCUACCAAGAGGCGAAGAAAUAAAAGAGAAACUGUUUUGUGCAAUCGAAGAGUCGAGGAUCUCUGUCAUUAUCUUCUCAAAGAUGUAUGCGGAUUCGAGUUGGUGUCUUGACGAGCUGGUGAAGAUCAUGGAGUGUAUAGGCAAACUGGGGCGACAUGUUUUACCAAUAUUCUAUCACGUUGAUCCUUCCCAUGUCAGGAAGCAGGACGGAGAUUUAGCCGAGGCAUUUCAGAAGCACGAAAAGGACAUCCGUGAAGAAAAAGAUGACAAGAAACGUGAAGCUAAACAAGAAAGGCUAAAGCUGUGGAGAGAGGCUCUCACAAAAGCUGCAAAUUUGUCUGGUCACCAUCUUAAAAUCGCUUACGAUGGGGGCGAAGCAAAGUUCAUUAAAAAAAUUAUUGACGAGAAUAUUUGUGAAUGGCUCACCAACACUAAUGAAUUACAUGUGGCCAAGCACAUAGUUGGAAUCAAUUCUCGCGUUCAAGAUAUUAUUAUAAUCAGUGUACUCCGUGAACGAUGCCUUAUAACUGUUGAGCAGAAUAAGUUGAAUAUGCAUGAUUUGCUUCGAGAAAUGGCCAGAGUAAUCAUUUCUGAAAAAUCUCUUGGUCACCCUGGAAAAUGGAGUAGGUUGUGGAACCGUCAAGAGACUGCCGAAGUGUUGAGAAAUAAAUCUGGAACUGAAGAAGUUGAAGGACUUGCUCUAAAUUUCCCUUAUCCUUGGCUUCGAAGCUCUAGCAUGCCUAGUUUUAGUACAGAAGCAUUUGCCAAUAUGAAGAAACUGAGAUUCCUUCAUCUCAAAUACGUUCAGCUCAAUGGAGAAUACAAACAUCUUCCCAAAGAGUUAAUAUGGUUGUGUUGGGAAGGAUGCCCUUUAAAGUCCAUACCAGAUGACUUUUUUGACCAACCAAGACUAGUUGUUUUAGAUAUGCAGUACAGCAAUCUGGUACAAGUUUGGGAAGGUUAUAAGUUGCUAGAGAGGUUGAAAAUCCUGAAUCUUAGUCUUUCCCUAUCUCUAAUUAAAUCACCGGACUUUUCACAAGUCCCAAAUCUUGAAGAGUUGAUACUGGAAAAUUGUAGGAGUUUGUCCGAGAUUCACCCCUCCAUUGGUCAACUUCAAAAACUUUCUUUGGUGAACCUUAAAGAAUGCGAAAAGCUUAGUUCUCUUCCAAGGGAUUUCUAUAAGUUGAAAUCUGUUGAGACUCUUCUUCUUAGUUACUGUUUCGAAUUCAGAGAAGUGCAUGAGGAUUUAGGGGAGAUGAAAUCAUUGAGAAUACUUGAAGCAAAGCAUACAGCCAUAAGACAAAUACCAUCUUCCACAGAUCUUGGGAGUCUAAUUUCUUUACAAGUUUUGGAUCUUGGAGGGAAUAAUUUUCAUACCCUACCCAGCCUAAGUGGUCUUACAAAGCUUGAAACAUUGAGGAUAAAUGACUGCUUUAAUCUUCGUACAAUCCCUGAUUUACCAACAAAUUUGAAAUUUCUGUAUGCCGAUGAUUGCCCUGCAUUGGAAACAAUGCCCAAUUUUUCGGAAAUGUCAAAUAUGACAGAGUUGAAGGUAAGUGAUUCGCCCAAACUCAUUGAGGUUCCAAGCUUGGAUAAGUCAUUAAAGUUCAUGACAUUGAUUGAUAUGAGUAACUGCACCAAUCUCACAGCUGAUUUUGGGAAGAACAUCCUACAGGGAUGGACUUCGUGCGGAUUUGGUGGCAUUUUACUCUAUGGGAAUUUUGUACCUGAUUGGUUUGAGUUUGUCAAUGAUGACAAUAAAGUCAGCAUUGUUAUUCCCCCGAAUGAUGAUCGUACUUUUGAAGGGCUGACUAUGUGCUUCUUGCACAAAUAUUCACUUGAAAGUAAUUUUGUAUUUGGCAUUACUAUUAUAAAUAAUACCAAGCGUACUAAGUUGCAGGCUUACUUAGGCAGCGGAUAUUGGGAUAAGCCUUCAAACUAUAAUCUUUGGCACAUACUUUGGCAAGGACAACUAUCGAACGAUAAGCUCAAAUUGCAAAGUGGGGAUAAAGUUGAAGUUCAACUUUCAGCAAACUGUUAUGAUACGUCAUCAAUGAGAACAAUGGUUAAUCUAGUGUGGAACAAACCUAUGAAGGAAAAUACGCAUGAUUUGGACCAAGCUAGUUAUGUUUUUGACCAACAUCCAGCUCGGUUCUAUGGGGAGUCAUCUGAUAAUUAUGAGCCAUCUAAUGAUUAUCAUCUCAGAAAUUACAUUGUCAGUGACAUUGGAGUUCUAAAGGACGAAUAUCUUCUUACGUGCCUUUCUUUGUCUCGUCAUCAUUGGAAGCCACAAGGUCCGGCAGUCAGUGACAGAGGAGAUCAGAUAUCCGACCCAAUGGACGAAGAUUCUCUUACGCGCCUCUCUUUGGCUCUUGAUUAUUCAUCAUCUACUUGUUCAGGUUGUCGUAUUCAACCUCAAACUCGUCCUGAGAAUCUCCCAAUACUCUUCCAGCCACAGGGUCCGGCGGUCAGUGACAGAGGAGAUCAAAUAUCUGACCCAAUGGACGAAGAUCUUCUUACGCGCCUUUCUCGGUCUCUUGAUCAUUGGAAGCCACAGGGUCCAGCAGUUAGUGACAAAGGAGAUCAGAUAUCCGCCCCAAUGGACGAAGAUCUUCUUACGCAUCUUUCUUUAUCUAUUCAUCAUUGGAAGCCACAAGGUCCGACAGUCAGUGAUAUAGGAGGUCAGAUAUCCGACCCAAUGGACGAAGAUCUUCUUACGCUCCUCUCUUUGUCUCUUGAUUAUUCAUCAUCUACUUGUUCAUGUAACAUUAAGUCGGACACCUGAGUCUCUUGGCCUUUACCAUUUGGAGAUAGUGAGACUGAGAGUUGAAUAAAUUGUAGGGCUGUUCAUGUUAAGUUAAAAAAUCUCCUCCGCAAGACUAAGAAAUGAUGGAUUUCUCAAUAGAAAAUCUCCGAAAUUUUCUCCAC